AUGGCCGCGCGCGCAUUCAUAGCUGAUGGAUUAUGGCAGUGUCUGUGCCCAGCUUACCCUCGAUUCUCCGCAACGCGCCCGCGGAUACCCAGUCGUAAACGCAUCCUUUCGUUCUACCGAGUAACUUUCUCAACUGCGUCCGACGACGAUUCUCGCAUCCAUAAUGAAAAACCCUCUCAGUCGCAGCACCUGGUUUUUCGCAGGAUCGGGUCCGAUUACUCAAGUCCACGGACCACUGGUACUUACCAUGGUAUUGCGCCCAAGUGGUAUUUUCCCCCGAAACAUACACCACUAGUACAGAAAAGAUUGCUCCUGGAAAUCAUACCAAAGGACGACUCGGCAGAUGUUCCAGCUCUCUACGAACUUCUGGCGAAGGAGGCCGCACGUUCGGAUCCGGGACUUGUCUGGUACAUCGUCGAGCAUCUUGUGGUCACAUGUCGAGAAAAACCCAACCGACAGCUGUAUAGUGCUAUGAUACGGGCAUGCUCAAGUGCAACAAGAGGAGGUGCGGCUAUGCUGGCAGAGAUCAUCACUGAGAUGCAAGACGAGGGCAUUGAACUCGACGAAGAAAUAUGCCAUUAUGUGUUGGAAGUGCUGUCGGUGCAUCCAGACUACAAUCUCCUUACACUUAUGCUCGAACACAUGGACUCGAAAUGGUACGUACUGUCCGAGUUCGGGCAACACAGUGUCAUAGCGAGCUUGAUCAAGGACAGGCAAUUCGAACUGGCCAUGGACAGAAUGGAGGCCAUGGUCGACGGCGGCACCCCAGUCGAGCCGUGGCUGCACGACAUGCUCUACUACAUAAUGGCCGAAUGCACCCCGAACAACAUCACAGAAGCCCUCCACAUCCUCCAACUGCGCGAGAACAGCAGCACCUACCCCAUCUCCGCAAACAUGUGGCAGCACCUCCUCGACUCCGCCAGCUCCCAAAGCCACUACGACGCCGUCAAAUACGUCUGGCGCAAGCGCGUCGAGCCCGCAUACAUGGUGCCCCCAACCGGCAUCUGCCUCAACGUCCUCAUGACCGCCUCGCGCGCCGGCGACGUCGAGCUCGCCACGGACGUCUUCCGCCUCCUCUCCGCCCGCAACGUCGUCCUCGACCGCUCCCACUACGAGCUUCUCAUCGAUGCCUACCUCGCCGCCCACGACCUCGAAACCGCCCUGUCCGUCCUCAGCAUCAUGACCGACGCCCACGUCUACAUCGACGCCUCCUGCACCCGCACCCUCUACCGAUACCUCAUCUCCAACUCCGCCCGCCCCAACCAAGCAAUCGACUGCCUCCGCCGCAUCCAGCUCCGCGGCGCCCCCAUCCCCGUCCCCGCAAUGGACGUCAUCAUCGAAGCAACCGUGCAACUCAACCGCUUCGAAGACGCAAUGCACUUCUGGUCCCUCCUCCCCGACAUCUGCACCGGCGGCAAGCCCGAGACCUCAACCAUCAACAUCCUCCUCCGCGGCUGCGUCCGCAAUACCCGCCGCGAGAUCGCCACCUAUCUCGCGCAGUAUAUGAUCGACAACGGUCUCCAGCCCAACCUGCUCACCUACGACCGCCUCGUGCUCGUCCACCUGCACAGCCCCGACACCUGGGAUGCCGCCUUCAGCUACUUCGACGAGAUGCUCAGCCGCGACUGGGAGCCUCGCCCGGGCACCUGGCGCUUCUUGGUCCGCAAGACGGCCGAGGCCGGGGAUCCGCGCUGCAGGUGGGCGAUUGAGCAGAUGAUUGCGCGGAAUGCGGUGUUUGAUCCGCAGACUGUCGGGGCGAUUGCCGCGGCGUUUCCGGGUAAGGAUGAUCAGAGAACUUGGCUGAAGCCGGUGUUUAGGCGGGAGAGGAAUAGUCGUGUCGGCGAGGAUUCAGGGGGGAAUUGGCUGGAUCGGUCUUUUGAGCUUGUGUAG